AUGAAGCAAUCGAAUGUGGCGCGGAACUCGGUGACGUUUGGGGCGAUCAUCAAUGCGUGCAGUAAGACUGGAGACGAAGUUCGGGCCGAGGAACUGUUCCGAGAGAUGCUGGUCUCGAAAAGCUUUACAGCUAGAAUCCCUCCCUUCAAUACGAUGAUCCAAUUGUUCACUCAACACGUCAAACAACCUAAUCGCCAGAAAGUCUUGUAUUAUUACGGUCUAAUGAAGAAGUAUCGUUUGGCUCCGUCUGAUCAUACAUACAACUUGUUGAUGCAAGCAUAUGGAAUGAUUGAACCAUGUGAUCCGAACGAGAUGGAACGGAUCUUUGAACAGGCCUGUAAGGACCCAAAAGUCCGGAUCAGCGGGGCGCAUUGGUCGACGCUACUGAACGUUCGGGGAUGCAUCCAAAAAGAUCUGGCAGGGGCGAUCUCACUCUUUGAGCGAAUCGGACGAGAGCCAGUCAGUGAAAACCAACACCAACUAGCACCCCCACCAGGAAACAAUCAACAGACAAAAGAGCAAUCGAGCUCAUCCAAGGGAGGCGUGAUGAAGCUCCCGGAUGCGGUGUGUUAUGAGGCGCUCUUCAACGUCUUCCUGGUCUUCAAACGCGCCGAUCUGUUGCCGCGGUAUCUCGAACGAAUGAAGGAUGAAAAAGUGCACAUGACGGCAUAUGUGGUGAAUACUCUGAUGAAGGUCUAUGCCUCGGCCGGAGACAUCCAGAAGGCGAGAGAUCUCUUCGAGUCCUUAGUUGACCCCGCGCCGGGCCAUGCUGGGCUCUAUAAUCAUCCCAAUUCUCCUCAUGGAUCUAACGGUAGUAAUGGGACAGGCAUCGAGAUGGGUGAUGAUAGGAUCUAUAGGGAACCCUCGUGCUAUGAAACUAUCAUCCGAAUCGAAUUCGGCGCAGGUCAUCUGCAGAACGUUAAGGCGCUGCUCGAUCGCUUGAUCGAACGAGAAUACCCCGUCGCUAUCGUUAAUCGGAUCAAAAAAAUCGUUAAUCUUUAA